AUGCUUCCCGGUAUCGAUGUAUACUUGUAUCAGGACCCAGAUAUAAUUGAGCGCAUCUGGAAGGUCUCGUCGUCGUUGGAUUUCCGCCCUAUGGCUGUUCACUUCCUCCGAAACGCGUGCGGCCUGUCGCGCGAGUCUGCCAACUUGUAUCUCCUCGACAAGACGGGCAUGAACGCGAAGCCUCUGCCAGGCACAAGCUGUCCAGAGCACCCGCGGGUGUAUCGUAAAAUCUACGAAAGCGAUCGCCAAGCGUUGAUAGGCCCUGGGCUGGAUCCAACGCUGCAACGCUUCAUCGAUGCCUUUUCCAGACGAAUGGCCGUCUUCACGGCAACAGAGUGGAUAGAGAUGGAAGACUUCUGGACCUGCAUCCAGCACACGGUUGCUGCUGCGGAGAUAGAAGCCAUCUUCGGGCCCAAGUUCUUGGAAAUGCACCCCGAUUUCAUCAGUCUCUUCUUCGAGUAUGAUCGUUUGAUCCCUUCACUGCUCAAGAUGCUUCCAUUUAGCAGGGCUGAAAGGCUCCGUUCCAAGCUCCACGGCAAAUUCAGGUCUUGGGUAAGACGUACCAGGAAGAAUCACGCCGCGGCGCCCAACGACAAUGAGGGCGACCAUGACCCUCAUUGGGGCUGUCGCUGGACCCGAUACCGUCACGAGGCAUUUCAGCCGUUCUUUGACGACGAUGCCAUUGCAUCUAUUAAUGUCGGUGUAGCCUGGGGUGCGUUGGCCAACACAACCCCUUGCGCCAUGAUGGCCAUUAUUCAUACUCUUCAAGACGCCUCCCUCCAUCAACGACUGAGACGAGACCUGGACGAGCUUUGUAACGGGAAAUCCCUCAAAGAUGUACACCACAAAGAGUUGACAGGACACGUUCUCUUGUCGGCUAUAUUCGCCGAGACGCUGCGCCUCCACAUGACGGUCUUGAUGCCGGUGAUUCCGCUCGACGGCGAGCUUGAUUUGGGCAGGUGGCGCAUUCCUCGAGCGAGCUGGGGAUUUAUAAACGCCGGUGUCGCCCAUCACAACGAGCAUGUCUGGAAUACCAAAGGUGGUCUUCAUCGGGUAGAGUCAUUCUGGGCGGAUCGGUUUAUAGUCGACCCAGCCGAUCCCUCGAGCGGACCGUCUCGCCAUCAGAGUCGGCACCAGCAUGCCCAGUCUCGUCAUGACGAUGGUCACGGCAGCAAGCCCUAUUUUUCUCUCGACGGGCUCGAGGGUUCCUGGGUCCCGUUUGGCGGUGGACGAAACAUGUGCCCAGGCCGCUUCCUCGCCAAAGGUGUCAUCACGUUCGCCCUGGCUAUGAUGGUGAGUCAGUAUGACAUUGAGCUUCUCACAGACACGAUUCCGACGGGAAAAGACCGGUUCGGAAUCGGGGUAGAGCUGCCAACACGCAAGAUUCCCUUUCGCAUCAGGAAACGAAGAGCGCCUAACGGCACUCAUUAA